AUGGGCAUUCAUAAAUUUCUUAAAGUUUGUGGAAUUUUGGAUGAAUUGCAUCUAGGAAGAACAAAAUUACUAGACCCAUGUCUUAAAUUUACAAGAUUUUGUCAUUUUGAACAAUACCCAUCUGUUAAUUCAUCUAAUUCAUCGUUAGUGAAAAUUCCUCAAAGUAAGAUAGGGAUUUUCUGGGAUUUGGAAAACAAACCCCCGAAUUCUGUCUCUCCGUUUGAGGCUGCGAUUAAGUUGAAAAGGGCAAUUUCAUCUUUUGGGAUUGUUCGAUAUAUGGUUGCUUAUGCAAACCACCAUGCAUUUAGCUAUGUGCCUCCUGCAGUUAGGGAGUUGAGGAAUGAGAGGAAGGUGUUAUAUCAUUUAGAAAACAAAGGAGUUAUCAGGUCUGUUGAACCGUAUGUAUGUCGGGUUUGUGGGAGGAAAUUUAGGGUGAAUGAGAAGCUUAUUGAGCAUUUUAAGGUUCAUGAGAGGGAGCAUCAGAAAAGGCUGAAGCAGAUAGAGUCUGCAAAAGGGAAGAAGAGGGUUACUUUGGUUGGGAAAUAUGCAAUGAAGAUGGAGAAAUAUAAGAAUGCUGCUCGGGAUAUUUUGACUCCCAAGGUUGGGUACGGUUUAGGGGACGAUUUGAAACGUGCUGGUUUUUGGGUGAAGAUGGUGUCUGAUGAACCACAAGCAGCUGAUGUUGCUUUAAGGAGUCAUAUUGUGGAUAUGAUGGAUCAUAGGCGAAUACAAUGCUUGGUCAUUGUCUCAGAUGAUUCAGAUUUUUUAGGUGUCUUGAAGGAAGCUAAGGAGAGAUGUCUCAAGACUGUUGUUGUUGGUGACAAUCAUGAUGGGGUGCUGAAGAGAAAUGCAGAUGCCUCUUUUUCUUGGCGGGAUAUUUUGGUUGGUAAGGCUAAAACGCAGGCAGUUUCAGUUGUAGGCCAAUCUGGGAAGAGAUGUUUGUAA